ACCAACUAUAUUACCGAAUGACGUUUCUGAUCCGCGAUUGCUCUGAGUUUGCUAUGUGUACUUUAUGGCAGUUAGCUAGCGGGAUCGUUCAAUAUAAACGACGCCUAGUCGGUAGCUAAAUAGGUCGCUAGCUUUUGUGGAAAAGUAGCUGGCUGUCGUUUUGUCCUGGAUUGGGUUAACGUUUGUAUUUAUCUGGUUAUCGUUCGGUAGUUGCCUGAGAAUAGAUAGUCACUUCUUUGUCGCUGAGUUAGCCUACUGUUCGUUGGUUGGUUAUUUGCGAAGACAGUUAUUUUAUAUAACUCGUUUAGCUUUAACUUUAGCUUUAGCUUAAGGUAACCAGCAAGCUGUUCAACUUUGUUUUGCAAAACUGCCAGGUCUGCCGUUUUGGCAGAAGCUGUGCACAGUAGCCUACGGCAGAUGUGGGUGCAGCCGUGGGCCAGAACUGAGGAGAGAUGUCAGAUGUACUGGACUCUCGCGUGACCGAGCUGGGAUCCGCCGGCUUCCUCUCGUGCCUGUUGGAGGAGUGGGUGGGGCUAGAGAAUUUGGAAGGCUACCUCAGCUACCUGGACUACCUGGUGUGGGUUUUCACCCCGCUGGCCGUGGUCUUCAUCCUUCCACUCUUCAUAGUACUGUUCCUCUACCUGUCCAUCCUCUUCCUCCACGUCUAUAAGCACAAGAACGAGCUGCGCGAGGCGUACUCGUAUAACCUCUGGGAUGGGGCGCGGAAGACGCUCGCGACGCUUUGGGACGGGCACGGGAGCAUCUGGCACGGCUACGAGAUCCACGGUCUGGAGAAGAUUCCGGAUAAAGGCCCGGCGCUCAUUGUUUACUACCACGGAGCCAUUCCCAUAGACUAUUACUACUUCCUGGCCAAGGUGGUCCUGCACAAAGGAAGGAUGUGCCACUCUGUCGCUGACCACUUCCUGUUUAAGGUUCCAGGGUUCCGGCUCCUGCUGGAGGUGUUCAGCGUGUUCCACGGGCCGCGGGAGGAGUGCGUGCGGGCGCUGAGGAGCGGGCACCUCCUGGCCAUCUCCCCGGGGGGGGUGAGGGAGGCGCUCUUCAGCGACGAGACGUACCCCCUGCUGUGGGGCCGCCGCCACGGCUUCGCCCAGGUGGCCAUCGACGCCCGAGCGCCCAUCAUUCCAAUGUUCACUCAGAAUGUCAGAGAAGGAUUCAGAUCGCUCGGGAAUUUGAGGCCGUUCCGUUGGGUGUACGAGCGCUUCCGGCUGCCCGUGGCUCCCGUGUACGGCGGCUUCCCCGUCAAGUUCCGCACCUACCUGGGCGACCCCAUCCCGUACGACCCCAACGUCACGGCCGCCGAGCUGGCUGACCAGGCCCAGCAGGCAGUGCAGUCUCUGAUUGAUCGGCACCAGAAGAUCCCGGGAAACGUUUUUCGGGCGCUCCUGGAGCGGGUCUACACCAAACACAAAGAACCGUAAGGACACGGAGGAGACCGCAACAUAGUACAGAGGAACCCGGUACAGCACAGAGGAACCCGGUACAGCACAGAGGACCCCACAGCACAGUAGAACCCGGUACAGCACAGAGGAACCCACAGCACAGUAGAACCUUCCUCAGCAUAGAGGAACCCACAGCACAGUAGAACCCAGUACAGCACAGAGGAACCCACAGCACAGUAGAACCCGGUACAGCACAGAGGAACCCGGUACAGCACAGUAGAACCCGGUACAGCACAGAGGAACCCUCAGCACAGUAGAACCUUCCACAGCACAGAGGAACCCACAGCAAAGUAGAACCUUCCUCAGCACAGAGGAACCCACAGCACAGUAGAACCCGAUACAGCACAGAGGAACCCUCAGCACAGUAGAACCUUCCACAGCACAGAGGAACCCACAGCAAAGUAGAACCUUCCUCAGCACAGAGGAACCCACAGCACAGUAGAACCCGAUACAGCACAGAGGAACCCACAGCACAGUAGAACCUUCCACAGCACAGAGGAACCCACAGCACAGUAGAACCUUCCACAGCACAGAGGAACCCACAGCAAAGUAGAACCUUCCACAGCACAGAGGAACCCACAGCAAAGUAGAACCUUCCUCAGCACAGAGGAACCCACAGCACAGUAGAACCUUCCUCAGCACAGAGGAACCCACAGCACAGUAGAACCUGCUACAGAACAGAGGAACCCACAGCACAGUAGAACCUUCCUCAGCACAGAGGAAACCACAGCACGGUAGAAUCCGGUAUGGAACAGAGGAACCCACAGCACAGUAGAACCCGGUAUAGAACAGUAGAACCCGGUAUAGAACAGAGGAACCCACAGUAUAUCACACAAGAACCCUCUACAGUAUAGGAGAACCCACAGUGUAGUACAGACUCAGAGGUGUCUGUGCAGCACGUGGGAACCAGCAGUAUAGUACAGGAGAACCUUCUUCAGUUCAGAGGAACGCACAGUAUAGCACUAAAGAGCCCACUACAGCAGAGAGAACCUGAGAGAACCCAGCAUAGAACAGGGAACCCCGCUGCCGUACGGGAGAGCCCACAGCACGGUGUUUUGGGGUACUCUGACAUUAAGAGGUACGUUAGCUGCACACAGAGGAGGGAUGGUGCUUCUAUUCACAGUUUACAACAGACAGACAGACAGACAGACAGACAGACAGACAGAUAGACAGGCAGGCAGGCAGACAGACAGAUAGACAGGCAGAUAGGCAGACAGUCCUGCUGUGGGGAUGCUUUCCCACAGUACUCCUGUAUAACCUGUAAUGGGUCAUACUGCUACAGAUCAGUAUACUGUGUGUGUGUGUGUGUGUGUGUGUGUGUGUGUGUAUGUGCGUGUGUGUGUGUGUGUGUGUUCAGCACAGAUUAUCUGACUGAUUCUCCUGUCCUCUUUCCGGAGCGAUCAUGUGAACCGUAGAUAGCUGUGCUCAGGAGUAUUUACUGUAGCUCUGGUAAAGAGCAAAGCCGGUUUUUACAGGUUCUAUCCUGUACACAAUGGCCCCUCUGUUUUAGCUCUGUCAGAUCCCUCAGGUGUAGAUGAUAACUUAUGCACCCAUAACUGAUACACGAUUAAAGGAUCAAAAUGGGAAAAAGAAAAUGCGUAUUUGCAGGACAAUCAUCAAAUGCGAGAUAAUUUAUUAUUUUAUUGUAUUAAUUAUUGUAUGUUUACUUGAUUUUAAACACCAGAUUUCAUAAAUUAAAAAUUAAUUAUAUUUGCUCUGCAGUUCUAAACACCUUCUGUAUGAGUCGUCUUGUGGGGAUUUACUUGAUAACGUUGAGAGAACUGUUCCUUUAUUUUUAAAAAUGUGUCCGUUGCACGCAGCAGGUUUUGGCGAUCUUUCCGUGUUUCUGAGCUGGUGAAGAAAGCGAGAGGUGUGUUUUAAUGGGAGGUGUGAGCUUUUGGUUUAGAUGAGAAACGGGCCCUGUUUCUCUGAGUCGUGGGUAGAAGGACGGACCUGAUCUCCCUUCUCAAAGCUCCUUCAAAGCCCCAAACGGGGACGGCAGCGCAGAUGAGAGAGGCUAGCUUCUCUUACGGAUUACAGGACCUGGCAUCAGAACAGCGGUUAGCAAAUUAAACAACCUCUUCAUUAAGCAUUAUGAGUUGGUUGUGGGGAUCCAUCUGAUCUUUAACUCUAGACUCAAGACUCGACGCAUUGGAUUCUGGAGACCUCAAUAGCUGCUAGCAAAUGUUCUAAAAUGCAGUAGUUCAUACUAAACAGAGAACUCUGUUAAACCAUCUCAUUGCCGAUAUUACUUUCCCAUCUGACCUUUCCUUUAAAUAGCUACAGCAAUGACAGAGGCAGAGAUGCAUCCUAAUGUGUCCAUGUUGGCCCAGGUGUAUACUGUUACCUGUUCUAAUGCCUCCAUGUUGGCUCAGAUGCAUACUGUAACCUGUUAAUGCCUCCAUUUUGGCUCCAAUGGAUAUUGUAACCUGUACUAAUGCCUCCAUGUUGGCUCAGAUGCAUACUGUUUCCUAUUUUAAUGCCUCCAUGUUGGCUCAGAUGCAUAUUGUAACAUGUUAUAAUGCCUCCAUUUUAGCUCAAAUGCAUACUGUAACCUGUUCUAAUGCCUCCAUUUUGGCUCAAAUGCAUACUGUAACCUCUCCUUGUCAUUCAUAUUGACCUAAAUUUUCUGCAGUGUCUGAUUAUUCAUCAGCGCUUCCUUGUCAGUAUGAGUUUUCAGACGGGGACUUCCUCCGUACGGGACAAAAGAUCAUUGUCUCUGGCUUUGACUCACUUCCUCUCGUAUUUCUCAUUUUCUGUCAUAGUUUCGUCUCGUUGAAUUUUGAGGUGAAUUGCCUAUCGUUAAAAGAGAAAAAUAGGGCGCAAUUCUUAAAAAUUCAGAAAAAUUCAGGGACCAUAUUUUUUGAUGUCAAAAGAGAUUAAAUGAUGACUUAAUAUUGUAAUUGUGGGCUGCUGUAGAUGUGAGGGAAAAAAUCAGUAAUGCACUUUUAUAUAAAGGUUGUUUUAUAGUGGUUACAGUUGAUCUUUAAAUCUGAUGUUUAUUACUUAUGUAAAUUUCUGAUUCUCUGAUUCUUAUUAGAACAUCCCAAAUUUAGCCUACAUGUUUUAUGCUUCUACAAGACCAAAAUUCACAAAGAUAUUUUAAACCUUCUGUGAAAAAUGAUUCCAUAUUAGCACACUAAACCAUUGUUCAGAGUGAGCAGCUUCACCAGAGCAGCGGCAGUACCUCCACUGGCCCGUAGAGGGCGAAAAGGCAAGAGCAGCGGUGGCCUCCCACCGGUCUCUGCUCAGUUCUUUAAUCGUAGGAAACACCUGCUCCUCCAAACAAUGACUGCGUUUCCUGCAGCUGUGCUAAUGGCGGGUGAGCUAGCGUACGCCAGUGAGCUAGCGUGCGCCAGCGCUUCCUGCUUCUCCACAACAGCUUCUGGGCUUCAGCAAUGCUUCAGCUAUGCUUCAGCCACACCCUCUCACUGUCUGAAGCCUGUGCUACGGCCCCUACUAACCCCCUUGGUCCUCAUUAUCACAGGGAAGGAGGAGGGAUAGGGGUAAUCACUGGUGGCUUGCUAUCGCAUUAUGGAUGUUGGCAGCCAUGUUUGAUUGGGGCGUCUGAGGUCAGUCCCAAGCAGGCAUUGUGUGGCGGGUGAUUUAGUGAGGUUGGCACCACUGAGACCUGACGGUGGGCAGGGAGGUGGGCAGCAGGCACGAGGCGCAGCGUUUUGGGCUCAAACACAGCGAGCAAGGGCGAGCUCAACCUGCCUGGCUGGGGAAACCAGGCCCAUGACUGGGGAACAGAGUCAGGCCUGGCGGACAUUACCGCGCGCGCGUGUGUGUGUGUGUGUGUGUGUGUGUGUGUGUGUGAUAAACGUGCGUGUGUGUCAUAACCAUGCACGCGCCUGUGUGUCAUAACCUUAUGUGUGUGUGUGUGUGUGUAUGUAUGUUUGUGUGUGUGUGUUAUAACAUCGCUCACGCGUGUGUGUCCAUCCGUCCACUUCAGCCAGUUAGCGCAUGACUGUAGGUACAGAAACCUGUUAAAAUCGUAUGAAAGAGUGAAAGUUCAGUGAGGAGCGGGCCUUCCAUCUUCCUUUCUGAGGUAAUAUGUUUGCAUGUUAACCUCAAUUACCAUGUACGCAAAAUGGUGUCAGCAUAUACCAAAUAAAUUUUGCAUUACUUUCUUAAAAAAAAAAAAAAAAAAUUCUGUUUCAUAACAAUCUGUUCAAAAUAUGUGUGCCUUGUUCUCUGAGGUGACCAGUUGUUAAGUUGUUAUCCAUUUGUCUUACAGGAUCUGCAAUAAGUGUUAAUUAAUUUUUUUAAUUUAUAAAUUUAUAAAUUAAUAAAUCAAAUCAUGUUGCAAAAUAAAGAAUGUUUUGCGGUAA